UUGACAGGGUAUAAAAUGGCUAAUGCAAGACGAACGAGAGAGAGAGAGAGCUUCCAGUUCCACCAAAGCUGUAACAGGUUAGUUUGCACAAUGGGCCCAAUGAUUGCGUAUCUUGGUUUAUCUGUUACGAUGCUUUCACUGGCAGUUAAUUGCCACUCGGAUCGCUGUCUGGUAGGAAACAAUCACAAGACGCUGCCCAGUCCCGAGCCAGGCAUGCAAGCCUGUACAAAAUAUUCCCAAUCUUCAUGCUGCUAUGCUAACUAUACACAACAACUGAAUGUGUCUCCGUUGAUCAAGGUGAAUAACAUGUACUGGAACACAUGCGGCCAACUCAGCCCACAAUGUGAGCAGUACUUAAAAAAUGUGGAUUGCUUCUAUCACUGUUCACCCCACGCCUUCCAUUGGGUCAAUCCCAAUAAUUCUUAUUCAAUUAUUGCUGUCCCGAUUUGUCGAAGCUACUGUGAUGACUGGUUUACAGCUUGUAAGAAUGACCGAACCUGUGCGAGAAACUGGAUUACUGAUUGGGAAUGGAAUGAGCAGGGCAACAGAUGCAAAAAUGAAUGUAUUCCAUUCCAUCAGAUGUUUAAGGAUGGAAAGGAUCUCUGUGAAAGCAUGUGGAGCCCAUCAUUCAACGUGAGCUCAUCAAACUGUCAUUGCCUGAUGUUGGAUGACAACAACGAUGACAUAAUUGAACACCUGUUGACCCACGAAAGAGGAACAGCGACUCCGGCACAAGAUGUGCACCAAGAUGUCGACCGCAGCCCUUUCUGUCAGCAGAGAUACAAAAAAAUGCAGAAAAAGAAGAUUAAGGCAAUGAAGCAAUCUUCGUAACGCGUUCCAAGCAGCUUGCCAGAAGCGAGCGAGUUACUUCAAAACAAGUUAACGUCGCAAUAAGGCGUGUUAAGGUCUAGAGAAUUAAUUUGCAACGCUGAUGUACUUAAUUUGACGCACAUCUGGGUUGAGAUACCACCUAUUAUUUCAAAGACCAAUCCGUACACAACUUUGUACCGUCAAUAAUUUUCGGUGUAUCUGAAUUAAGCCGUGCGACUCCGCUCACGUGAAAGGUGCUAUACAAAUGCAAGUUGCUGCCGUAAUUAAAAUUGAAGACAAGAA